UGGGAGGCGGAGCCAAUGGGCUUUGGGCGCUGCCGGGGCGGAGCCCCCGGAUCAAUGGGGGCGGGGCCCGGUGCAGGGCAAUUGGCCCGGACUGUAGCGAGCGGAACCGGGAUGGGGUUGCCGGCGGCGGUCCGGGACCGGGUGGCCGCGGUUCAUCGGGGCUCGACGCUGCCCGAAAAGCUGCGGCUCUACGACGGCUGGGCCGCCCGCUACGAGCAGGAUGUGGCGGCUCUGGAGUACCGGGCACCGCAUCUCGCCGCCGCCUCGCUCGCCUUCGCUUUCCCCGCGCCACGCGCGGGUGCGCGGCUGCUCGACGUGGCCUGUGGCACCGGGCUCGUAGCGUGGGAGCUCCAUCGGCGCGGGUUCCGCUGCCUGCACGGCGUGGAUGGCAGCGCGGGGAUGCUGGAGCGGGCACGGAGCACCGGGCUCUACCAGGAGCUGCGGCUCUGCGUCUUGGGCAGGGAGCCACUGCCCGCGCCCGCAGAGCAUUACGACGCCGUGACGGUAGUGGGGGCCCUGGGCGAGGGGCAGGUGCCGAGCACGGUGCUGCCGGAGCUGCUUCGGGUCACUAAGCCGGGCGGCUUCCUUUGCCUGACGACGAGGAGCAACCCCUCGAACCUGCGGUACAAGGCGGAACUGGAGGUGGCGCUGGGGCAGCUGGAGCGGAGCGGAGCCUGGCAGAAGCUGCUGGCCCAGGAGGUGGAGUACUGGGAGAGAGCCACCAGCGAGGAGGAGAGCGCCCAGGGCACCGGCUACAUCUCGGGGGUGGUCUACAUCUACCAGAAGUGCCCUGUCCCCCACCUCGAGGAGGGCUGAGAGCUAGCAUGGCUCUGGAGGGGAUGAGCACUUGACCCCUUAUAAAACUGAGCCCAGUGACCCCCUCCUGCAGCAGGGCAGCUACUGGCAGUGACAGUAUUUUGGGGGAAUUUCCCCAUUCCUUUCCUUGGUCCCUUCUCACCGAGGUCUGGGCUUGGUGCCCUUGUCUGCUCCUCAGCAUGGGAAGGGUCUCCUGGAUUCACCAGGGUCUCCUGGGCACCACCCUUGGCUCUGACAUUCAGGUAUUAACCCCAACACCUCAAUGCUCACCAUGACAUCUCACAGACCCACAUGGCUGUUCCAAGCAUGUCCAGUCUGGGAUGUCUUCUCCCUACCUCGCCCACCUCAGCACUCAUGAUCAAAAUCGGGAUCCUUCUUCAUCUCCCACCCCCAGAGUCUUUACCUGGAGACUGUUGGAGGUGGGUCUCCAUCGCUGUGUCCUGUGGCCUCCCAUCCUCAUACUCCCUAUGGACUGACCCAGCCCUGAGGUGCAAGAGUCUCCACAUCCAGAGUCAAACCAGCAGUGCCAAGAUGGCUGCCAGCUGGAGAGGCUUUCCAAGUGCCACAUCUGCCUUUCAUCCCACAACAGCUGCUUUUCUGUUGAAUGAGAGACAGGCAGAUCUCAUUUUCCCACAGCUUUCUAGUUAAUGGUCUGGGUGGGGAAAUGAGUUUGGAAGGGAUUUGGGGAGCUGGUGGAUGCUCCCCACCCAGGAGCCACCCAGCACUGCCUGCCCAGCCUGUUCCUCUAGCCCCUUGCUGGGCUGCUUCCACAAUUCCUCCUCCACUGCUCCCUUGGGAAGUUUUUACCCAAAUGUCUUACUGGAAUAUUUGGGUAAAAACUUUCAUUUUUUACCUUCCCUCAGACCUGUUCCUGCUCAUCCUGUUCCCAUCUUCCUGGAGAACAGGUUGCAUCCUUCCCCUCAGGAGCUGUUCCUCAGUGUGAGGCAAUAGCUUUGUCUGUCGCUGUUCCUCACCCAGGGCAUCCCACAUCUUCCACACUUACCCUCCCCAUGGCUCUUGUCACCCUUCUGCUUUGUCCUCCAUGUUCUGAGGACCCUGUGCCCAUCAGUAGCUGCCCUACUGCUACCUGCCCUUUUGUCUCCAACACUAUCCCCUAGGCAGCUGGGGGCUGUGGUUAUACCCAGCCCUGCACUUGCCUGUUCAAUAAACCCCUGUCUCUGCUC